GGAAGAAGAAAAAUAUUAUACAAAUUAUUGUAGGACAAGUUGCUCUUUUUUCGUUUUUUCCCACGUGACUCUUACAAAGGUUCCUAGCAUAUAUAUAACCAGCAUUUGAGUAAAGGUUAGAGCAAGAAGCUUUGCUAACAUAACUAAGCACAAGGCAUUAUCAUUAUAUAUAAGCUUAUAGUUGAAAUCUUGUACCUAAGAAAAAAGAUGCCGAUUUCGAGAAUUUCCAUUGGAAACCCUUCAGAGUUGGGGCAAGCUGAUGCACUUAAGGCUGCUCUAGCUGAGUUCAUCUCAAUGCUGAUCUUUGUCUUUGCAGGAGAAGGCUCUGGCAUGGCAUAUAACAAACUCACAAACAAUGGCUCAGCAACACCAGCUGGGGUGGUGGCAGCAUCACUAUCUCAUUCAUUUGCUCUUUUUGUCGCGGUCUCUGUUGGUGCUAACAUCUCAGGUGGGCAUGUUAACCCUGCUGUCACAUUUGGUGCCUUUAUUGGAGGCCACAUAACCCUCCUCAGAGGCAUUUUGUACUGGAUUGCUCAGUUGCUCGGCUCCGUAGUGGCUUGCUUGCUGCUUAAAUUUGCCACUGGUGGAUUGGAAACAUCUGCAUUUGCAUUGUCUUCUGGAGUGGGAGCGGCAAAUGCACUUGUCUUUGAGAUUGUGAUGACUUUUGGUUUGGUUUACACAGUGUAUGCAACUGCAGUGGACCCAAAGAAGGGUGACCUUGGGAUAAUUGCUCCGAUUGCAAUUGGUUUCAUUGUGGGUGCCAACAUCUUGGCAGGUGGUGCCUUUGAUGGUGCAUCCAUGAACCCAGCAGUUUCUUUUGGACCUGCUGUUGUUAGUGGGACAUGGGCCAACCACUGGGUCUACUGGGCCGGCCCAUUAAUUGGCUCCGCUAUUGCUGCUGUUGUGUACGAGAUUUUCUUCAUCACCCCAAGCUCUUAUGAACAGCUACCCGUCACAGAUUAUUAGGACCUAAAUUCCCCAAGUUGGGGGCUGGGGUGAUGGUUCUUUGAUUCCCAUGAGGGUGCUCUUUGUUGUUCACAUGUUUGCAUUUGCUUGUUUUGAUUUCCGCUACAUUUGUCCUGUGUUCUAUAAGAUCAUUUACCAAGUAAUUGUCACAUUUAAUCUUCGAAGUUUUAGCCAAACUUUCCAUCA